AUGGAUACAUCAGAGCGAGAAGGCGAUACCGGCAACGAAGAUUCCACGGGCAUAGACCACAAUGAGGUUGAAACACAGGUGGACACUACAAACAGCGGCUCCGGAGUAGAAUUGGCAGCACCGGACGACCUGACAACAGAGGAGACAUCUGACAUAGGAUUGCCAUGCCGCGAAAGAACAUAUGCUAGUUCAGAUGAGGAACCAGAUGAUUUCGACCCAUUGAAGAUUGUGGAACUUCGCCUGCAGGCUAUGGCAGCCCAAGAUCACAAUGAUAUUGACGAAUCAACCGUGAUCUUGGAACAAACUUCUUCCGGUGGAAGAGAAACUCAGUGCGGUGAAGACGACAGUCACGAUGAGAUUGAUAUGCUCAAGAUUGUACAAGCCCGGAUUGAUGGCGCAAUGACUGAUGCCAACACUGAUGGCACUCAGCCGGCUGACGACAUGGCGGCGGUCAAAUCAACUGGGAAGACCCGCCAAACCGACGUCCCUGUCUCUGUCUCUGUGGAGCAGCCGAUCAAAAGAAAGAUGCCAAAACGGACAAAACGAGAUCUAUCCAACUGGUUGUUCUGGGAUCAAGCGGGAGUUCUAAAACAGAGAAUAGAAGAGUUCAAGAACCGGUUGCACAGAAUGGGGCCGAUACCGUACCUACUUCGAACCAAACCGAAACUCAACCAGGAGCUUAUGCUAGGGCACCUCGCGCGGGGCAAAGGGACGAGCAUGCAGCAUCCAAUCGCCAGAGAUCAAAUGUCCAGGAGAAUGGCUCAUCUGAUCCAAUGCCAAACGUGA